AUGUCAAAGAAGACGAUUUUGAAGACAGAUCGAGUGAAGAAAGAAGAUCCCGGAUCGGAUCGACACAAUCGAGGCGUGAAUGCGAUCGUGAAACCGAUCAAGUUUGUGGACGAUGCUCUGGACAUGAAGAUGAAAGGCUGGCAGUUGGAUCAUCUGGAGCAGGGAUAA